CUCCACUUGCGGUGAGGCAAUAUUUCCUGAUUCGCGAGAAAUCACCCUGCAGCUCGCCUCGAGUACCACGAAAGCCCUCGCUCUGUCCAAAGCAUCCCUUCGUUCUUCUCUCUGAAUAUAUAAAGCGGAACCUACUUCCCUAUACUUUUACUUCACCUAAGCUGCCAUUAUGACAUCUCGAUACGCUGCAGCUUAUGCUCAUCCAAGUGGCCCCGGGGAUGAGCGCCCGACAGCUGAACAGAUUGUCCGAGAUGAAGGUCUCAUUGGAAAAUGGAUGGACAAGGUGAUCUUGAUCACAGGUUGCUCUUCGGGUAUCGGAGUCGAGACUGCCAAAGCGUUGUCGAUGACCGGCGCGAAACUAUAUCUAACAGCACGAAAUCUCGAAAAGUUAAAGAAAGCUAUUGGGGAACUUGCAGUGUCUCCAAAUGUCCACCUUCUUCAGCUUGACCAGGAGUCUCUUGAGAGCGUUCGGAACUGUGCUUCAGCGUUUCUGGCUCAGAACAGCCGGUUGCACCUCUUGAUUGCAAACGCGGGCGUUAUGAUGAGCCGCAAAGAGACCACGGAGGACGGGUUCGAGCUUCAGUUUGGAGUGAAUCACCUAUCACACUUCCUUUUGAUCAACCUCUUGAUGCCCGCUCUCCUCUCGGCAUCCACGCUGUCAUUCCAAUCAAGAGUAGUUGUUCUUUCCUCGACUGGGCACAAAUUCUCUUCGGUGAAUUUCGAAGACAUCAACUGCGACGGCAAGUUUGAGGCCAUGCAGGCGUAUGGGCAGAGCAAAACCGCGAAUUUAUGGACUGCAAACGAGAUCGAGAGGCGCUAUGGGUCUGAGGGACUCCACGCAUUUAGCGUUCAUCCGGGGGCAGUUACAACCAACCUGGGGCAGCACAUGUCCGAGGAGGAGAUCCAAGCCAUAACUCAGGACCCAAAGCUUAUGGCCAGCUACAUUAACCCAGCCCAGGGUGCUGCUACUAGUGUAUGGGCGGCUGUCUCGAAGGAUCUCGAAGGUCAAGGGGGCAGGUACUUGGAAAACUGCCAGAUUUCAACUGCGCAUGAUCCCGCAGGGGGAAUCUGGGGACCAGGCUAUGGUCCGCAUGCAUAUGAUGCCAUCGGUGCCAAGAAGCUAUGGGAUGUCUCCCUGCAAUAUGUUUCACUCGAGUGAAAAAUGCCUGUUCCGUUUUUUGGAUUUAGCGAGAAAAAAAAAGCCUCCUGGGGCUGUAAGUAAACUUCCCAGCUGUAGAGUGCCUCCUGACCCGCAGCUGAAGGAUCUCACAAAAGUGUUUUUGCUAUUAUGUUAUCAAUUCAUGGAACUUAACGCCAGACUGCCAUAUAGCAUUAAG